ACCAAACACAAAAAGCCGAACCCUUUCCUACUCCCCAACUGACCUCUGGUUUUCCUUCCCCCCUUAUCUUAUCUCUUCCCUUCUCCGCCUUCUCGUUCCAGGGUUUUAGUUUUCUCCGUCCGCCGCCGCCGCCACGAAACUCUACCCAUUUCUCCUCCGCUUUCUCCCCCCCCCCUCACUUUAUCCACACGAACCGCAAUCGGAUACAACAGUUGCUAGGGUUUAAUCGAUGGCGUCUUCAACAGCUCAAGUUCACGCUCUCGGAGCUACUUAUUUCACGAACAAUCGAUCUUCUUCGAGCAGGAAUCCGUUCAGGAAGGUGUUUUUCGGGCAGAGGUUGAGCAAUCGGACGUUUUCGUUCGGAUCCGAGUUGACCAAGAGCAACUUCAGGCGGAGAAAUGCAAGUAUUGCUCCGCUCCGGGUUGUUGCCGAGAAAGUGGUCGGGAUUGAUCUGGGGACGACCAAUUCGGCUGUGGCAGCCAUGGAAGGUGGAAAGCCGACCAUUGUGACGAAUGCGGAAGGACAGCGGACGACUCCUUCUGUGGUGGCGUACACUAAAAAUGGGGAUAGGCUUGUCGGGCAGAUUGCAAAGCGCCAGGCUGUUGUUAACCCGGAGAACACCUUUUUCUCUGUGAAAAGGUUUAUAGGGAGGAGGAUGUCCGAGGUAGAUGAUGAGUCUAAACAGGUCUCUUAUCACGUUUUUAAGGAUGAGAAUGGAAAUGUGAAGCUUGAGUGUCCUGCUAUUGGAAAGCAAUUUGCUGCUGAAGAAAUCUCUGCUCAGGUCUUGAGAAAGCUUGUUGAUGAUGCAUCAAAAUUUUUGAAUGACAAAGUCACAAAGGCUGUUGUUACUGUUCCUGCAUACUUCAAUGAUUCUCAAAGAACAGCCACUAAGGAUGCUGGUCGCAUUGCUGGACUAGAGGUUCUCCGUAUUAUAAAUGAACCCACAGCUGCUGCUCUGGCAUAUGGGUUUGAAAAGAAGAACAAUGAGACUAUUUUGGUGUUUGACCUUGGAGGUGGAACGUUUGAUGUAUCAGUUCUCGAGGUGGGUGAUGGUGUGUUUGAGGUGUUGUCUACUUCCGGAGAUACUCAUCUUGGCGGCGAUGAUUUUGAUAAGAGAAUUGUUGAUUGGCUUGCUUUAGAUUUCAAGAGGAAUGAAGGCAUAGAUCUGCUAAAGGACAAACAAGCUCUUCAGCGUUUGACGGAGACGGCUGAGAAGGCAAAGAUGGAACUAUCAUCAUUGACACAAGCAAACAUCAGCUUGCCAUUCAUUACUGCCACUUCUGAUGGUCCUAAACACAUUGAAACCACACUGACUCGAGCUAAGUUUGAGGAGUUGUGCUCAGAUUUGCUCGACAGGCUCAAAACACCAGUGCAGAAUUCGUUGAGGGAUGCAAAACUUUCAUUCAGUGAUAUUGAUGAAGUGAUCCUUGUUGGAGGCUCAACUCGCAUUCCUGCUGUUCAGGAAUUAGUGAAGAAAAUGACCGGAAAGGACCCAAAUGUUUCUGUAAAUCCAGAUGAAGUUGUUGCUCUUGGAGCUGCAGUUCAGGCAGGAGUUUUGGCUGGGGAUGUAAGUGAUAUUGUCCUUCUUGAUGUGACACCAUUGUCCAUUGGUUUAGAAACUCUUGGUGGUGUCAUGACAAAGAUCAUCCCCAGGAACACAACAUUGCCUACCUCAAAGUCCGAGGUGUUCUCUACUGCUGCAGAUGGUCAAACAAGUGUAGAAAUUAAUGUCCUUCAAGGUGAACGAGAAUUUGUGAGAGACAAUAAAUCUCUGGGCAGCUUCCGCCUAGAUGGCAUUCCUCCUGCACCACGUGGUGUUCCUCAGAUUGAAGUAAAAUUUGACAUUGAUGCAAAUGGCAUUCUCUCUGUCACUGCUGUCGACAAGGGCAGUGGGAAGAAGCAAGACAUCACUAUCACAGGCGCUAGCACAUUGCCCACUGAUGAGGUGGACAGGAUGGUAAAAGAAGCGGAAAGAUUUGCCCAAGAAGACAAAGAGAAGAGAGACGCCAUAGACACAAAGAACCAGGCUGAUUCUGUUGUCUACCAGACGGAAAAGCAGCUGAAGGAGCUGGGCGACAAAGUGCCGGGCGCAGUAAAAGAGAAAGUGGAGGCGAAACUUGGCGAGCUUAAGAGUGCCAUCUCAGAUGGAACAACUCAGGGCAUCAAGGACGCCAUGGCUGCCCUUAACCAGGAAGUCAUGCAGCUCGGGCAGUCCAUCUAUAACCAGCCCGGCUCAACCCCUGGUGCUGGUUCCCCACCACCACCACCACCACCCGGCGGCCCAUCUGAGAACGGAAGCAAUGGUGAUGUCAUUGAUGCAGAUUUCACCGAUAGCAAGUAAGACGGCGUGCGUCCCAGACAUUCUUUUUCAUGCCAUAAUUCUCUUUUCAGCUUCUGAAUUUUGAAAAAAAAAACUUAUUUAUAUCUGGGGUUGUUGAAGGGAGAUGAACUGAAUAGAGAGAGAUAUAUAUAGAGGUGUUGUUAUUAGUUGCUCUUAAUAGAUCAUUUGUCUACUCCAUUUGUCUCAUUAUGUGAUGAUUUUUACCUGAGUUUAUGAAAUCAACACAUUUGUCCCUU